UAAAAUAAAGUUUGAAUGAAAAAAACCCUUCAACAAGAAAAUGGGACAGUCACCGCCGGAACUAGGAACAUAUUUUCAGGUAGACAAAACCACCUUUAGAGAACUAGUCCAGAAGUUAACCGGAGCAACCGGUAACUCCACCAACAAACCACCGGAAAUCCAAAGCCCCUCAACUUCACCAAAACGCCACGGCCAUAUUGACCCACCCGGUGUUCGUAGGUCACCGCUCAAGCUUCGAGAAAGAAGGCAACAAACUGCCAUGCGUAAAAUGGAGAUCAAACUCGGCCUUAAAGCAGCUGGUGAAUCAGUGAGUCAGCCCGACUCUCCUGGCUGCCCGCCGACGCCAGUGCAUAGCCCCAUGACGCCACUCGGGCGUAACUCAGUGGUCUCCACCCGAGUUGGGACCGAGUCACCACCCUCUGAGGAGGAAAGAGCUAUUGCGGAGAAGGGCUUUUAUUUGCAUCCCUCCCCAAGAAAACCGGAGCCGCCGGAGCUGUUAACUUUGUUCCCGUUGACAUCUCCAAGAUAAGAGCCUUGG